GCCCAUACUUUAUCUAAGAUUUAACGCGUUUUUGGAUAAAAAUAAUCUGACACUUUCCGGAGCCGCGGUACUUCAGCGACAUUAAAUAGAAAGAAACAUAACUUUUAUCAGUUGAACUGGGUGGUGAAACAUAUAGCUAUUAGCCGACAAUUGAAAUUUAUGAGCUCCGCUUAACCACAAACUUAUUUCCUCGCGCCAGCACAUGAAUGAAAAUGGAGCUUAAAUGCAAAGUGCAGAAUUACGAUUGGGGAAAAUUAGGUCGAGAGAGUACAGUUGCCAAACUGGUGUCUAGUGCUCACCCUAAUGAAAUUAUCGAAGAGUCAAAGCCGUAUGCUGAAUUAUGGAUGGGUACACACCCGAACGGCCCGUCUCUGAUCAUUGACCGAGGUGUACUUCUCUCAGAAUAUAUUAGGGAUAACCUAGAUGCCAUUGGCCCUACAGUGAGGAAAAAUUUCGGUGUGUCUGUGCCAUUUUUGUUGAAAGUACUGUCGAUAAGAAAAGCACUCUCUGUUCAAGCCCAUCCUACAAAAGAACAUGCAGAAACACUACACAAACGUUUUCCAGACAUGUACAAAGACCCAAACCACAAACCUGAACUUGCAAUAGCUUUGACACCAUUUGAAGCGCUCUGUGGCUUCAGACUACUUGCACAAAUAAAGGAAUAUCUGAGGAGACUCCCAGAACUAACAUCAGUAUUGAACAGUGAGAAUGUAGAAGAAUUACUAUCACUCGAAGAGCCGGUGGACAGCAAUGCUCUGAAGCAAGUGUUUCAAUCUUUGAUGACAAGUAAUAAGGCUGCUAUUACUAACAGCUUGCAAAGUUUACUUGCUAGGUUGGAGAAGGAAGAUCCUUUUGUACAGCAAUCACUCCACUAUCCUCUAUUGAAGAGAUUGCACAAAGACUUCCCCGGUGAUGUUGGUUGUUUUGCACCAUACUUUUUAAACUACUUGGAGCUGAAUCCUGGACAGGCCAUUUUCUUGAAGCCUAACUUGCCACAUGCUUAUAUUAGUGGAGAUUGCGUAGAAUGCAUGGCGUGUUCUGAUAAUGUGGUUCGCGCAGGCUUAACGCCGAAGCACAUUGAUGUACCGACACUUGUGGAAAUGCUUGACUACAACAGCUAUACAAAGGAACAUCUGCUGUUUAGCCCGCAGCUGGAGGACCCUAACAGCUGCAUUUGGAGACCACCAGUGCCUGAUUUCGCUGUUGUAAAAAUUAUGGUGCAAAGUGGCGGAUCCUACAACACAAUAAAUCGACCAAGCCCGAGUCUCAUCCUUGUGACCUCCGGAUCAGGAGAGAUCUGCGACACGGAGCCGAUUCGGGCACGACCCGGCACCGUUAUUUUCUUGAAAGCCAGUCGCCAGUUGACUAUUACACCAGAAGAUGGUAGCCAUAUUGAAAUUUAUCAAGCUAUAAGCAAUGUAUGAUACUGAUUACAUUUUAUUAUGUUACCUUAAAAUAAUUUGAAUGUCCAAAGACAAUGCUGUUCCUAAUGAGUGCCUAUUUAAAAAUAAGAUUUCGAAACUUUCCAUUGAGUAGAUAAAAAUAGUAAUAUUUAGCAAUGAAUUACCUACUGAAAUUAUUUCGAGUAUUGUACAACAACUGUACUGCAUGACUACAGUGUAGCCUACGUAUUUGUAGAGUAUAGAAUUCCGCAUGUAAUACAAAUGGGAUGCAAUUACAUUUUAAACAAUGUUAAGUUUUAUUUGUGUUACGAGUGAUUUUAAAAGAGUUCUUGAAUUGAUGAAUUUUAUUGUACAAUUUUCGCACAUAUUGAUUAUUAUGUUUGUUUAUAGCGAUAACAUAUACUUCUAAAUUUUACAAUA